AUGAAUGCUAGAGAUGGGGUUUUCAAGUUAUGUGGUACAAACAAGGUUGCUUGUUGGUUUAUAUGGGUAUUUUUUGUGCUAAGGUUAGCUUAUGCAAAUAUUGACAAUCCAGAUCAACUCCAAGAUGAACUACAUGAUGUAAGCAUAGAAGCAUUCAAUGAUAUGCCAAAAAAUAUAGCAAUAUUACUCUGGGACUUGGAGAGUUUUCAUGGGACUGGGAUAAGGAGAGUAACUCCGGAGAAUUGA